CCACCACCCAUCUAACUCCUCAGCCGCCCCUCUCUCUUUCUCUCUCUCUCUCUCACUCUCUCAAUCACAUAGCCACAUAAAACACCGUAUCACACACACACACACACCCGCUGCUCAUACCAAACGCAUAUAAAUACCUGGCCGGAGCCCGCGUUUUACUAAAUAUAAAAUAGUUAUUAAUAGGGCAUCGCGAAUCUCAAGUUUUCAGAGAAUGACUUGUAUCGCACGUUCCAUCAUGGAGUCCGUCUACGUCGAGGAUGAAAGGGGUGGCUGCUUGAACAUGCUGGAGGACGCUGGCUACUACUUCAGCCCCAACGUCCAGUCUGACCACAUACUUAACCUUCAGAAUUUCAAGGCCAGAUCUGAUGACGUCCUACUGGUCAGCUAUCCUAAAUCUGGAACACAUUGGUUCUCCGAGAUCACCACAAUGUUGAUCCACGGCUACUGGAACCUUCCCCAGGAGACCAUGAAACACUUGGAAUACUUUCCCGCCAACAUUCUCAACGAAAUCCCCUCUCCGAGAGUACUGAAUACACAUUUGCCAUAUCCCAGAAUUCCGCUGGACUUCUUCCGGAAGCGGUGCAAGAUCGUGGUGAUCAUGCGCAACCCACGUGACGUGGCAGUGUCCUAUUACAAGUUCAUCUCUAACCUGUCCGUCUGGAACUACUCGGGACACUGGGAUAGCUUCUUCCCUCUGUUCCUCAACGGAAAUGUGCCUUACAACUCCUGGUUCGAACACACGGAGAACUGGCUGAAGGUCAUCAAGUCUGGGAAGCACAACCUUCAUGUUGUUUUCUACGAAGAUUUCCAAUCAGAUUUCAAGGAUGCUUGCAGAAAACUGGCAGAUUUUCUGGAAGUCCCAUGCAGUCCAGAACUCAUUGACGCCAUCCACAGAGAAACAUCUUUUGCCAAUAUGAAGCAAAAUAAAGAAGACUUCAGUCUGCAUCUCAGUAAAAAUGGACAGUCUCCCAUUUACAGAAAAGGUGAGGUGGGGGACUGGCAGAACUGGUUCACGUCUGAACAGAUUGACCUGAUUGACCAGGAGAUGGAGUCCUGGGGCUUACACACUGACCCCAGGAUCAGGUGUCUCAUCGACACUACUUCUGCCACCCCGACGUGAUAGUCACACACACACACAAGUCCAUAAAACAACUCUCAUUCAAUCAGUCUCAUUGAGAAGUCACCUCUGUAUCAACCGUUUUCUGGAAACAACGGAUAUUGCUUCGACGAACAACCAUUGUGUAUCCACGACAAUAACACACCUAACACAACUUUUGUUUUUAUAGAUGUUUGUAUGAAAUGUAUAUUUUAGAUCAAGAUUUUUUUUACUAUCUGGUUGAAAUACUUCGAACUAAUGGUGUACACAUGCUUUAACAUAUCUUGUACGUAUUUAUGCACAAAUGUAAAAGCUAAAUAGAAACGAACAACUUUGAUUUUAAAAAAACUUUUAACUUAGGGGUAAGGAAUAUACAAUACCCA